AGACCACACUGACACUUUAGGCCCCUCCUCUCUCUCUCUCUCUCUCUCUCUCUCUCUCUAUAUAUAUAUAUAUAUAUCUACACACUCUAUAAAGAACUACCUCACCCCAUUAGCUCUGCCCAUUAUCCCACAUAACAAUUUCUACAGUUCAACUACAAUUUCCAGUGAAUUCUCAGCGUAUCUCACUAUUCUUUAUGGAGAGGGCUAAACUUCAGCCCAUCUACAGGCCACCAGAGACUCCAAGGGAACCAAUGGAGUUCUUAUCCCGUUCUUGGAGCGUUUCAGCCCUUGAAAUCUCUAAAGUUUUAGCUCCACAACCGCAUCAACUUCUACCCAAGAAUCACGGCGGCUUUUCAGGUGGUGCUGAGACCAUACAUGAAGAUGUCUCCGCCGAGUUGGAGCAGGCGGCGGCGCCUUCAGCAGCUGUUUCCGGGAAUCCUUUUUCCUUCGCAUCUUCCGAGACUUCUCAGCUCAUCAUGGAGCGGAUUAUGUCUCAGUCCCAGGAGGUAUCACCACGCACAUCAGGGAGGCUAUCCCAUAGCAGUGGCCCUCUGAAUGGUGGCCAGAGCUGUGGCUCUCUCACUGACAGCCCACCGGUCUCCCCCUCUGAAAUGGAUGAACCAAAGUAUUGUCGGAUGAACAAUCUGGCGAUCAACCAGUACAAGGGCAGUGCUGCCAGCGGCGCGGGUGUGAAUGGUGGCGGAAAAACUGUUGGGAGGUGGUUGAAAGACAGGAGAGAGAAGAAGAAAGAGGAGGCAAGGGCACAUAAUGCGCAGCUCCACGCAGCCAUUUCUGUUGCCGGUGUAGCAUCGGCUGUUGCAGCAAUUGCGGCUGCCACUGCUGCGUCAUUUGGGGCUGGAAAGGAUGAACAGAGGGCUAAGACGGACAUGGCCGUGGCUUCUGCUGCCACACUGGUGGCCGCACAAUGUGUUGAAGCGGCUGAGGCAAUGGGGGCCGAGCGAGAACACUUGGCGUCCGUAGUCAGCUCGGCUGUCAAUGUCCGGUCAGCGGGUGAUAUAAUGACCCUCACAGCUGCAGCUGCUACUGCUCUACGUGGUGCCGCGACCUUAAAAGCAAGGGCGCUGAAAGACGUGUGGAACAUUGCAGCCGUGCUCCCUAUGGAAAAAGGGAUGGGAGCUAUAACUGGUGGCAAUAGUGGGAGUAAUGGAAGUUCAAACGGCAGUUUUAGUGGUGAACUUGUUCCAGAAGAGAACUUCCUAGGAAUUUGUAGUCGGGAAUUGCUUGCUAGAGGUUGUGAACUCCUGAAGAGAACUCGGAAAGGUGAACUGCAUUGGAAAGUAGUAUCCGUUUACAUCAACAGAAUGGGUCAGGUGAUGCUAAAAAUGAAGAGCAGACACGUUGCUGGGACCGUCACAAAAAAGAAAAAGAAUGUGGUGCUGGAGGUGAUAAGGGACAUCCCGGCAUGGCCUGGGCGCCACCUGCUGGAAGGAGGCGAGCACCGGAGGUACUUUGCAUUGAAGACCAUCGCUCGUGGGGUUGUGGAAUUCGAGUGCAGAAAUCAGAGGGAGUAUGAUAUAUGGACGCAAGGUGUUUCGAGAUUACUCACAAUUGCUGGAGAGAAGAACAACAGACAUAGAAUUUGAUGAUGUUGGUUGAAAGUUGUAGGGGAACAAGAAUGUUGUAAUGGGGACUUGAACUAACCAUUUGUUUUUGAAAUUUGGGUGGUAAAGUAAAGAUUGUAAGUUAUGAAAAUGGGGUCCUCUUUCACUUGGAGAUUGUAGUUUUUGGGGGAUUGUGUGUUGUUAUUUUUGUAAUAUCAUUAAAGUGAAGGAGAAAAAGCUACAAAAUCCCAUGUGAUUCAA